AUGUCUAUUAGCAACACAGGUAGAGUUGACCUUGAAUCAGUUCUUAAUGUUGGUCGUCGAUCAUUAGUAUCGAUUGGUGAAAAACCAGGUUCUUUUCAUCGAUCUCAAUAUACAGAUACAAUUUGUUUAAAACGCGAAGAUGCCUCCAAUUCGAUAUUAUCAAUUAAUUCAAAAAUAGUUAUUUUCGGUGAAUUACAACUUUUAUGUAGUAUAUUUGAACGUUAUACAUCAAAUAUACUGUUUUAUGAAGACUCACCUAGUGAAACAUAUCCAUCAUUUCCAUCAAUUUCAAGUAAACCAAGUUUUUCAACACCAUUUGAAGAAGAUGAACUUGAUGAUGAUGAUGAUGAUGAAGGACCACCAAUUAUUUCAACUAUUCGUCAAAGUUCUAUAUCUUCAUCAAAAGGAUCAACUAGUCCAAAACAAGGACCUGCUAGUCCAACACGUGGAUCUAAUAGUCCAACAUUGGCAUCAGAAAGUUCAAGACAAAGAAGAACAUUGAGUUCUAUUAGUCGAAGACAUACUACUUCUUCAGUAGGUAGUGAAUAUUCAGGACAAAAUCUUGAAGGUAAACGUUAUGGAUGUAUUGAAUUACCAAAUAUGACAAUGAUUGAAAUUCUCGAAAUACUCUUACGUUUUGGUGUGGAAUUAGUUGGAGUAUCAAGUGAUUAUGAUAAAAAUAUUCUUCAUCAAAGUUUUGUUUUUUCAACAAUUCGUAAAAGAUCAAAAACACGUGAACAAUAUCUUUCAAGGUCGAUAUCAUCUAACUGUUAA